CUGAUAGCAGUGUUUAUGGAUAAUGUUAUUAUACGUAGGUAUUAGGUCUCUGAUCGGUCUGAUAUUUUAUUUAAUAGGUACAUAAAUAAGCUUUUACGGUGGCUAGCCAUUAGUUUAACGGAGUACGACUAACGUUAACGUAUAAUAAUAUUCCAAUAUACUUGAAAUAUUUUUGUAUACAAAACGCGCAUCUUACGUGAUAUCAUCAAAAAUGCAACGAGAAGACAAACAAUUGGAAUUGGUACUUGAAAAUUUCCACACUAAACUAAACGAAUUCAAAGCUCAGAUUUAUGCACUCAUUUUCAAAUUGGAACAUGAACGAGAUAACAUUUGUUGGACCAACGUACUCGAUACGUUUGCUGUAUUUUCUACUCAGUAUACAGCCAUCAUGAAGUAUCUGUCUUUUGAGAAAAUACCACAACUACGUAACUAUACCAUUCUGCCUCUGUUAUUAAAUCCCGACCGCGAUGAAGAUUUGGCACGUAGCACUGAAAAUCGUGUCCAAGCUUUGUCUCAUGACGUCGUGCCAGAUUUCCUUCGUACCAAAACAGAACCCGAAGUGGAACAUAAACUUAUGCAGGUAGAGCAUAAAGCUGGCGGCUUACAGAACGAGACCGCGUUAAAGCAGCUCACCGCUUUUAAUAAAGUGGUGAACCACGUUCUGGAUCUAGUGUCCAAGGCUAGAGAAGAGUGGGAAGUAGAAACCGGUGCACGAGUUGGAAUUGGUCAGACGUCGUCAGUGCCUGAUUUGCAUACGCUCGUGGCUGCUGUCAGCAUGGGCAAGAAUCUAAAACCAAUGGUACCACAAGUUUCUCCUGGCGGUAUGAUGGUGCCACCUUCUGGAAGACCGGUGACUCCCGGUAUGGGCCCAAAUACUCCACCAAUGGGUAUGAUGCCAAAACCUCCUCCGAACAUGAAGACUAAUGUAAAGGCUGCUGGAGCUCCACAUCAGUAUCGAUAGAUUAGUAAUUCAAUAGUUUUUAAUGUUUGUAUUGUAAAGUGUAACAAAAUUCACGCUGUGUGCAUUUCUUGAUUAUUUUACGAAUUUGAAUUAAGUGUUAAAUUAAACAAAAUCAUUUUUAACGUC